AACGGUGAAUAUUUAUGUUUGAGCGAAGACCGAAUUGUUUCUGUGACUGAUCGAAUGUGUUGCAUCUAUUUCUAUUUCAAUUUCAAUCCUAAUUAAAAAGGAUUACGUUCACCAUGUGACGGGUUCGAGGAAUGCAGGGUGAGGUGUUCCUGUUAUUAGGGCCAAUUGCUUAGAUACGCGGCGUGGGUUUAUAUCCAAUACAGAGUCCAGAGCAAGAUUCGCACUGACUGCCGUCUAUACCAUGAAGAGGAAAUGUAUUUGUGAGCUUUGCACCUGUGGGCGCCAUCGGUGUCCACAUCUUCCCACUGUAACCUAUGAAAAGAUUAAUAAACCAUGCCUGAUUACCGAGUAUGUGGAGAAAUAUACUCCAUAUGGAGAUGUUCAGCCGAGAGAAUCCUACAAACCCCGAGAGGAAUACCAACGACAUGAAGGGAAGAUGCAGAGCAUGACUACAUUCAGUUUACUGGUUCAAGUGCCCCAUGAAGAAGAGGACUCCCCGCUGGCAGAUUAUACUCCACAUGAUAUCCAGCCUAGACCAGGCAGGGUGAGUGAGGAAUUCAAACAUCCCCAUGGAAGUAUGAAUCUAGACACCACAUACAAACGAGAUUUUAAUGUACACUCAAUCCAACCGGUGGCUCCAAAACGACCAUUAGAACAAAGAAACAACUCAACAGCGAAGAUGGAAACAAUCCCCACAUACAAAGAUCAUUUCAAACAGUGGGAACUUCCUAAAAGAGAAACAUAUAAACCAGAAUAUACAUUCAAAGUACCAUCAGUCAAGUUUGCAAAUAAAACCACAUUUCAAGAUGACUAUUCUGUCCAAGUGCCAACUCCCAGAGAGUGUGUUAGGCCUACAAAUGCUGCUAGGUUGUUAAACGUGCCCUUUGAUGACAUGACCAACUAUCGGCAGCAUUUCGUACCUUAUACAUAUGAGCCCCACAAGAGGCGUGAACAUGAGCAAUACAAACCAAAUGAUGAACCUUUUGAUGAUCUCACUACUCACAGGAGAGAUUUCAAGGGACAAACAGGAGAGCUUACACUACCUAUUCGACCUCCAUGCAGCAAACCCGACACUGAUCAGCAAUUUUGCGACUUGACUGAAUUUCGAGACAAGUACCGCACAUGGACGGUAGAUCGACCGGUAGUGCACAAGGCUGUGGAAUUUGUAGCUCCUGAAGGCACAAUUAAUCUGAGCACCACUACUCGUACAGACUACAUUGAACACAAAGUCCAACCUCUUGUUCCAGCCCGGCCUGUGCCCCAGAGGAGCGGGUUAAACAUUUCAUUUGAAGGGCAGUCCACCAUGAAGGCAGACUACAAACCUUGGGAUUCUGUACGGGAACCUAUGAUCAAACCACGUCAAGAACUGGAGAAAGCCACCGGCCAAUUCAAUGAUAUGACAACAUUCAGGGCUCACUAUGUACCUCACCAGAUUAACCUGGUACAUUCCUUCAAACCCCGAAACUCCUACAAUCCCAACGCAGUGCCGCUGGAUAAUGGAACCACCCAUCAAUUCAGUUUCACACCAAAACCAGUUCAGCCGUGUCCUGCCUCAUUCGCAGUGCCCCCUGGUUAUGAGUAUGUGGAAACUGACCCUCAAGGUCAUAAAUUGUAUCACCCACUGUCCGAAAAGGAAAAUGUCCAGCCCAAAUUACCAAACACCUCCCUGGAAUUGAUUUCAAAUACUCUAAGACAUCAAAAAUCUGCAAAUGAUUUGAAAGCAGGUUUCCCAGCUGAUGGAAUAGUUGCAGCUUGAAGAAAGCAAACCAUGGCCCUGCCAACCUGGAAGUUAUGAUCUUCUGGUGUUCUUUAAUAGGAAUUACAGAUAUGCAUCCUGUUUGCUUUACUUUAUAAAACCGAUAAAUAAGAAGAAUAGAAGAUUUUAUUCCUGUACAAGUUGCAAUCAAACGCAGCAAAACUCUGGGACUGCCAAAAACCACAUCCCUAUUUUAGAAUGGAGUUUAACCUCCUCUCAUCAACGUGGCUUGAAUGUUCUAUUAUCAACACAGUAAAAUGAAUUUUUAAAAUCAAUUGCUUCCACUGACAGUGCUGCAUACAUUAUUCAGAAGAUUCACGUUGAACAUUUAUUUUGAAUGCAAUUCUAUAUCUUUUUGCAGUAUACCAUGUGAUUGGAAUGUGCAUAGUGAAGGCAGAGGAGCCUGGAAUUAUUUUAAGGAAGUUUUGGAUGUUGUGACCUGGAGAUGAGGGUUUUCCUGAGAGAAUGAAUAAUGCUGAGACAAAUCUUAUCCAAGUCAAUUUUGUGAUCUUUAUCAGUGUAAGAUUGAGAUGUCCGGUUUUUUUUUAAACUUUCUGUGAAGGUGCAAUACUUCUGUAACUGUUUGCCUACUAACUUACUUGAAAUGUUACACUCUAAUACAGUUAAUCUGAAUGAUAAACCUGGAAGAGGGAAACCCAAUAUACAAAUGUGUCCAGUACAAGUUCUUGGGCAGAACAGAAAUUAACACAUUACAUCAGUUCACGUGUUACUUCUACUAAAGCAGAUAUCAUCCUACUGCUUAACCUUACUUUGUUGCCCUAAUUUAAGAAUUAAUCACCAGAAAGAUCAAUAUUUUUGUAUUUGGAUCUUGUACUUUUUGAACAGUGAUAAUUUAACUUUUCUUUUGAAACCGGUCCACAAAUUAUUUAUAGCUAUCACAAAAAAAUUGUCAUUUUACAUAUUUGUCUCAACCCAGGCAUCCAGUGGAGUUCAUCAGUUCCUCAAAGCACCAUUGAUUAGUUCACUAUAAUUACAUUAAGUUAAAGGCUAACAUUUAAAAAUGAGAUGAUUGAAAUAUGUUUUUCUUUUGAAAGUACAGAUACAGUUGUUAUAUAUCAAGAUUAAGGUUUCUUUAAUGUUAUAUUCUAAACACUGAAUGAACCAUAUGAAGCUACCACAUCCCUGUCCAUCAUCUUAUGUAGAUGUAGAUUACAUUCAGUAAAAGAUUAGAAAGCCUUUUAAUAAGCAUCCUUAAUUCAUGUGCAUUUAGUGUAGCCCACUCUUUCUAUACACUUACAAUAGAUAUUGUAGCUCCAUUACCUGUAAUUAUGAAGAACAUAAGUGUAAUCUGUUUUGCUUCACAAAAAUAUUUCACCCAUGAUAUUCUCAGGAAUGCUUCUAAGUUUCCUAUUAUUGUUCGUAUUAAUACUAAAACCUUUUAUGGUAUACACCUUUUGGAUUUGUACUGUCUUUUUACAAGUGGGUUGGUCUGCAAUGUGAUUCCCCUAGCAUUUUUAAAACUUUAGCCUGAAUUUUUAAGUAGUGCACGUUUGCAUUGUCCUUUGUAUUGUAUAGAGCCUGACUUUGCUUUGGGUAAUGGAUUUCAGGUUGUAGAUGUGCUAAUGUAAAAUAAUAAAUAAAAUUA